AUGGAAACGAUUUUCGCAGAUGGAGAAACACUGAAACAGUCAUCGCUGGCGACAAGAGUCUGCCGGAGGCAAAGCAAUGACGGCGAGCAUGAUGAGUCGGUCGGCGACACCUCCAGCCUCCAGGUCCCUCCCAACUGGACAAGUGGCCGAAUCUGGGGCCGAACGGGCUGCACCACCAACUCUACCACCAACAAAUUCAACUGCCUCACCGGCGACUGCGCCACGGGCCAAAACGAAUGCAACGGCGCUGGCGGAAUCCCUCCCGCAACCCUCCUCGAGCUCACACUCAACGGCAACGAAAUCGACUUCUACGAUGCCAUUAAAUCCCUGCCUCGAUCGGCGGCGAGAGUCUCCCGGAGCAGAGCAUGA